AUGCCUGCGACACAAAAUCCAACCAAUACUGACAACGUCCGUAUCGCAGAGAUCACCACUGUCUACGGAGAGAUUUGUGCUAAGCACUACGAAGCAUUUUCCACCGAAAGAACGGAGACACCAGGCGUAGGGGAACAUUCAUUCAGCACCGCCCUUAUUGAAGAGCUAUUGAAGAGGGCUGACGAGCCUUUCAAUACAAGUCAGCUUCAUUAUCGUAUUGUGACCAGACUACGGACUUGGGCUCCAGAUCGUUAUGAAGAGCAGAGAGAGCAUCCUGUACUCGGCGUCAUGGGUGAGGGAGGUCAACGAAAUGAUUCAAUUCGACUUGUUUUCUAUAGGAAACACUCAGUAAAUCUUAUUGCAGAGGUUGCUGAUGUUGGCGAGGGUCAGUAUGUGGCUAUCGUCAAUGGAGAAACUGUUACUUCUAUUGAUACUCCUGGGUUCGACGAUACCUAUCUCAGCGAUGGAGAGGUACUUGAGAGAAUUGCGAUGAGUUUGUUUACGCAUUACAAGGGCGGACACAAGCUCAGUGGCCUGCUCUUUCUACAAGACAUCAAUAUGCGCAGAAUGAUGAAUACUGCACUCAGUAAUCUAGACAUGUUUCACCACCUCUGUGGUGAUCAGUCGUUGAAGAACGUGAUGUUUCUGACUACAAAGUGGGAUAAAGCGUCCACUUCUUUUGCACAAAAACACGAAGGACUUACGAAGAAUGUCUGGUCUGGCAUGAUUGAGCUAGGUUGCUCCCGGCCAAAGCGGCUGGGUGGAGUAGCCAAUCAUUCCUCUGGCAUCGUUGAUCCGAUCUCCGAUGUUAUCGCACGAGUACUCAAUUUUCAGCCCAGCUGGUUACAGAUACAACGUCAGCUGGGAAGUGGAAAACAUAUCCUUGAUACUACAGCUGGUCAAAAAGUUGACCAAGAUCUGUCUUUAGAAAUCAAGAAAACCCAGGACAGCUUCAAUUCAACGUUGGCCCAGAUCGAGAAGUCACAUGAAGAUACAAUACGGGCUGCUUUGCGGGAUGAAGCCGACGAGUACGUACGUGAGCUCGCUGAAGCCCAGGAACAUAAGAAGGCUACGGAAGCGAGUUUCGAAAAGGUAAUGAAGGCAGAGGAAGAACGACUUAUGAAGGUGGAGAAAGAACGGCGUCGAAAGAUGGAGGAAGAACGGCGCGAAAAGGAGCAGGAAGAAUGGAAUAACAAAGUGUACAGAUACGGCAUAGAUGCCGUUCUUGGUGCGGGCGGUUGGAUGCUCUUUGAGGGUAUCGGCACACAAAUACAGAUGGCUGGUUCUCUGUUGAAAGAUGGGGGACUAUUCACGCCUGUCCAUUGUUCCGAGGCACCAAAAUCCAGAACUGCAGAUAAGCAAGAGUUUGAUCAGCCAAGGCAUGUGCAAGAUCAUCACAGAGGUAAAUUCGCCGUGAACCGAGGGGGGCAUUCUCAAAGUCUUGGAUCCGGCCGGAAAACGCUCCACCGCAUCUACAAAAAUCCACGUUCUGUAGUCGGGUAG